CGUCUUGUCGCAUCUCGCAUCUCGCAUCUCUUGUUGCAGUUGACAGCACGUCCAAUUCCAAUCUCAUACUCCUACACUCCUCAUCCUCACCCUCCCUGUCUAUGUUCCUCUUAUCCUGAUCCAUGGCGUCCCGAAGUGACUCCGCGGGGUCUCUCCGUCCGCGAUCUCGUCGCUCCAUCGCCCAUGUGCCCCGAUCGCAGUUGACCUCCACCCUGGAGAAGGAAAAUGCGACCACAAACAUCAGCUCCUCGCAACCUUUGGACGGGCGCCCAAAGCCUCUUGGCAGAGACAAGAAGUCCCGGAGUAAGAGUCUGGGCCCUGGCGGCCUGGAUGCGCUCCAGGAUUCAAACGGCAAUCGACGCAAGUCCACUGCAGCAUUCCCUCUCAAGUCUAUCCUGAAACCCACAGUACCUGUCUCUCCGGUUCGCAACAUUCCCACGUUCGAGGAGACACGCAGACGCACGCCGGCUCGCGGACCACAACAGAAGGAUGGCAACGACGAUGGCAUAGACCAAGGCAAAGAAGGCUUGCUGAUUGAUUUCGACACCCCCGCGCAACCCUCCACUUCUGUCGGCGAAGACCGGGCCAACCCUUUCGACAGUUUCAACGCUGCAUCAAUUCGCGACGAGAUGGCAGCGGUAAGGGAACGUGAAGAGCAGGAACAGCGCGAAAGAGAGCGGAAGAUGAUUCUCCAAAAACGGGAAGCGCGACGGAAGUCGAUGGCAAAUCGCCGUGUUUCAUUCGCCCCUGAAGCAACACUACACACGUGGAAUGUCGUGGAAAUCCCUGACGACUCGACUUCUUCAUCUACCUCUAAUUCGACUCGACGCGCCUCGUCAUUGGCAAACCAGACACCUGCGCACGAGCCCGCGCAGGCGGAUCCUCCCUCCCCUGAUAUCGACGCAGAGUCGGACAUCGGCUUUUCGCCCGUUCAGUACCCGGAUCUACAACAACUACAGAAUCGCUCGACGUCGUCGCAGGAAAUGUCUUCCAGUCCGUUCAGUGGAAGCUCAGCAGACGGCAGUGAAGACACCGGCCUACAAGGCUUACAGCCAGACGAUGACGACGACGACGAUGACAACUCUUCGGCGUCUGGAUUUGAGGGGGAGAGUACCGCGAUGAGUAUGGAUGAUAUGUCCGUGCACUCUGCUGCAACAGCGCAAUCCGAUUUAUCGGACGCCACCAGUUCCAGUGCUCGGUUGAAUGAAGCUCUGCGGCAGGCGGCUCGAGAGGCAGGCACACAUGGCAUUGAAGACGACGAUGAUGGUGACAUGUCAAUGGAAAUCGCAGAUCAAGAGAUCACCGGCGCCUUUCAGCCGUGGAUCAAGAAGGGAGAGCGCCAAAGUUUCGACUGGGAGGACCUUAGCGCCCGUCAUGAUCAAGAAAAUGCUCAACCAUCUGAUUUUCUGGCCAACCAGUCAGCCGUUGCGGAUGCAACAAUGGAUAUCGGGGAUGAGGACCUUAGCAUGGAGGUGACUAACGCCAUUGGGCGUAUUCUCCCUGGCCAGCAAACCCGUCGUCAGAGCACAGUACGUCGCCGGUCUACUGGAGAGGAAACGAACUAUGAUGAACAAACCAUGGAGUUCACAAACGUUAUUGGAGGUAUUGCGCAAUCCAUCUCUCCCGCUAAGCCUAUGGAUCUCGACAGCAAUGCCGAUGAGGAUGAGGGAAUGACAAUGGAGUUUACGUCUGUCGUUGGUGGUCUUUUGAACAGACCAGCCUUGACUAACAUUACCGACGAGAACAAUCUUGGUCGACCAGAAUCUUUCAUCCCAGGAGCUGUGGUACGGACCUUCUCUGAGUGGGACAACGACGAGGAUGACAUGGAAGGUGGCAUGGAUAUGGAGAUUACUGGAGCUAUUGGUGGCAUACUUCCUGCGGCUCAAGAGCAGACUGAAAUGCAGGAUGACGAUCAGACUGAGGGUAUGGAAGUCACGGUCGCUAUGGGCAAGAUACUAUCUUCUGAACCGGAACGUCGAGAUGCGCCCCAAGGUGCGCCCCAAGCUCCCCAGGCUGAGCCCCAAGAUGAGCCCCAAGAUGAGCCCCAAGCGGAACCCCAAGCAAAAAUCCAAGCGGAAAUCCAAGCGGAAAUCCAAGCGGAACCCCAAGCUGAACCUGAAGAUGUCCCCGAAGAUGAGCUCCAGGAUGGGGACGAGGCACAGGAAGCAAUGGAACUAGAGCCAAACCCUACUCAACUCGGCAGCUCACCCUUCCAGCAAUCUGCUCGGCAUUCCCCCGCGAAAUCACCUGCAUCGUUCCAUGUCGCUGCCGUUGCCUCAGAAAGCGGGAGUCCUAGCCUGGCAAGUGUGAGGUCUCGACGGACGAGACAGAGCCUUUCUCGUGCGGCUUCGAGCACGCCAACCUCGCCUACGCCAGAACUAUCUCCAAAAAAGGUCUCACUAUCGCCCCCAAAGCAGCCGACACCGCAAGCCAGCGGGCUCUCACCUUCUACGAUGACCCCACCAUCGAGAACCUCGGAUCCCAAAAUUGCAUCGCCAGAAAAGCUCUCUCAGCCAGAACCUCAAGCAUCCACCAGCAUAAGAAAAUCCCCGAGACGUAAAAGCCUGUUUGGAAACAGUACAGCUGGUGAAUCUACUCCCCAGUUUGUUCUACAUCCUCCGGGGAAGAGGCGAUCCUCAGGACUUGGAAUCGACAAAGAAGGGCUUGGAUCACCACGGGUAGCUGCUAUGCUUGACAAACGUCGCUCUAUUGGCGAAGAGACCCCAGAAUUUGUUCCCCAAGAGCAACCAAAACAGGGUGUGCGUUUUGAAGAUCCCGUGAAGCUCCAGGAAGAGGUUGAGAGAGAACGCGAGGAGGAGGAAAACCGGGAGGAUGGUCACUUCCCGCCCCCGGAUCUGGAUCCCACUGCGAAUCUCAAAGACAUGAUAUCAAGUCUCACUCCGAAGAAGAAUAAGAUGCGUGGCAGAAAGAGUUUGCAUGUUGGUGCUGCGCGCGGCCUUCUUGGCAAGCGUCCAGUUGAGCUAGAUAUCGAUGAUGAGGAUGUUGAUAACACGCCAAAGCGCCUGAGGGGCCGCGAGGAUGUCAGCCCAGUGAAGAAAUUCAGGCUUCCUGCGCCACCUACCAAGGAUGAAACAGUUGGACGUGCAACUCGUUCUCCCUUCAAACCCUUCAGUGGAUCACCAUUGAAGGUCAGCUCAACGCCUUCUAAGGAAAGGAGAGCCAGCUCUUUAGCAGUCAGUCCUGCGAAAGCUGGACAGGAGGGCUCUAAGUCUCCAUCUGGAACCGAGUCAGCGGAGACAGAAGAGGCCAUUGUUGAGGAUCCUGGCCCCGAAUUUGACCCUAUACAGCUGCAGGAGUUCCUGAACAUGACCAACAUCCACUUCAUGGAGCUCACGACCACUAAAAGACGGCAUACUACGGCUCCUGACAGUGCUAGCAGACGAGCAGCCAGACUUUCGACUGAGAGUGAGUCCAAGUCAAGCGCUUCUGACUUUGUCGCCUGCGUAGCAGCUGGUUUUUGCACCGUGCCUAUGCUGGAGCUAUAUCAACAUUCUUGCCGUGAAUUGAAGUCGUACAUCUCUGAAGGGAGACAGAUCAUUCGGUCGAUCGAAACCGAAACCUUUGCGGAAAACCCGCCGCUUUUUCGAGAAUACAUGACAGCCCCUCCUGACAUCCGUCUGCUGAUGGACAACCAAUUCCGGAACGUCAAGACCCACGCUAGACUGCUCAGUAAAGCAACGUGGUACGAGUGGCGCAUGAAGCUCCUUGAUGGCCUUAAAGACGGGCUUGAGCGCCAUGUGCAAGAAAUGAAGGCGGAUGGCGAUCUUCUGUCGAAGCAUGAAAUCCUUCUGGAUAAUGUUGUUCCCGCGCUGGUUGAGAAGCACUCUUCCCUCGAGGGAGAAGCUACAACGCUGCAGCAAUUGGCAGACGAAAUGGAGAAUUGUGACCAGGAUGAGCUCCGUGGUGCAAGGGAGAAACUUGUCGACGUUGAAGCCGAGAUUGCGGAGAAAAAGAAGCGACUUCAGGAGAUGCAGGCAGAACUGCAGAACAAGACAGACACCAUCGAAGCGGGCGCGGAGCUCAAAGCAGAGUUCAUGGCACAGAUCAAGGAAGCAGAAAGGGUCAAGGAAGAAUGUCGCGGUUGGAGUGCUAAGGAGAUCGGCGAGCUGAAAGAAUCAGUUCGCAAGAUCGAGCUACAGACCGGCUGGAGUAUCAUCGCCGCGACGUCCUCCGAAGGUUCCCCUGCAGGCCCGACAGUGACAAUGUCCUACCGCAGCCAGCUCCAGCUUACCUUCCACCCUGCCUCUUUCAACAUCGAGAACGAUAGCGAGGAUCCGUCUCCAGAGGACAAGGACACGCGCACGCCUGUCGAGCUGAAAUACUCUCCAAACAACGGCGCCAAACCCGCCGUCCCCGCUCCUCAACUCUCACCCGUGUCACUACUCGUCCUGAAAUCCCUCCGAAACCGCAUUGCAAGCAUCCAGCAACGCAAAACCGCCCCCAAGCAUCUCCUCAGCUUCAUCUCGCAAGCAUGGGACCUUACCCUCAAACUCGAGGAGGAAGCCCGCAUGCUCAAAUUCUGCGGUGUUACGAAACUCAAGCUCCUCGAAGUCGAGGACAAGCCCUCCCUCCGGGCAAGAUGCACCCUCCUGGGACCCACAUCAUCAUCAAACGCGAAGCAAAUAUCCCGUCGUCGCAUCGACGUCGAUUUCGCCAUCAAGGCCCGCAUUCUGCAGAAUCAAGACCAGGCCUGCGGCAUCGGCGUCCUGGACAUCCAGACUGACGUCCUCGCUAGCAAGGUGUAUGGCUUCGGGUCCGCCAACGAGACCGGCAUCUCUGAGAACGAGAUGCAGGGUAUUCUUUCCAGCGGGCUUGGAGAGAAGACAUCUGGUCUGCAACUCGGCGGUGGGGUAUGGAGUACUGCUGUUCGGAAACUUACGGGCGCGGUCUUCUAGUCUUCUCGCUUGCCCUCCUUAUUUUCUCCUCACCCACAUACCUACAUACCUCCUCCUUACUUACUUGUACCUGUUAACCAGGUCUCUUUUACUUCGCCUGUAAUUAUCUUUUUUACCUUUUCACUUUGGUUGUGUUUAUGCAAUUGGCACGGGGCAUGGUGUUUCGGUCGGGUUCGCUGGGUAUGCAAUGCACAGGAUACCAUGGAUGGACGGACGGUGAAUAGGUUGGAUGCUUGCGAUCUUUUUUUUUUAUUCGCCGUUAUUACCUACAAUGCUACUGCCGUAUCUCCUGACUCCUGUUUUUCUUUC